AUGUACUCACCAGAAGAUUUAGAAUAUAGAGAACAACAACGUUUAAGUAAAGCAUUACAAGGUAAAUUAGGUGGUGCAAGCUCAAGAAAAUCAUGGGCACCAGUUGUAACAGGUAAACCACAAACACAUAGUGCACCAGUUAAUAGUUCAUUUGCAUCAAUUUCAAUUUCAGAUAAGCACCACGAAUCACCAUCAACAACAACAUCAUCACCAUCAACAUCAUCAGGUGUUGAUAAUAGUUCAAUCUAUCCAGGUGCAAUCGUUGAGGAUAAAGUUAAAUCACAAGAAGCACACCGUUUGAAAAAGAUGGGUCUUUCAACUGAAGAAGAUGAAUCAACCGCUCAUAUUCCAGCAUAUACUUCAUUAAAUUCAUCAUCCUCAUCCACCAUCUCAAAGAGUAAUAGCAAUCAAAGCCUUGCAAAGGAAACCAGUAGUAACAACCUCUUGCAAUAUCAAUCACCAGUUAGAGUAGCCAGCUCAACAUCAUCUGAGAAUUUAGUCGAUAGUGCUUCCAUUAUGAACAACGUUGAUUCUCAUACCUCUGAAGAGAAAAUGAAGCAAGAGGCAAAGAGAUUAGAAAGAUGGGGUUUAAAGAUUAACUCACCAACUGCUACCUCACCAAGCACUACCUCACCACCAGUCUCUAGUACCACUCCGGUUGCACCAGUGACUCCAACCGAACAAUCUGUACCACAAUCUCCAUUCUCAACUGGUGCUGCCGUCUCUGUCAAUCAAAGUCAUAGCAAUCUCCCAAUCGCUACUACCCAACAAUUCCUUGAUCGUAUCGUUCUCUCUGCUAAAUCCGUUAAACAAAUCAUUCAAAAGAAAACCUCUAAUCGUGAUAUUGUCAUCUCUAUUCUCAUGGAUUUAGUAAAGGAAUCUGCAAACUUUGGUAUGACUCUCUCUUCAACUACCCCAAUGUCUUUCGAUAUCUCUCAAAAUGCUGGUAAACUCGCUGGUGCUGUCAAUGAAUUAGUUAAAGACACUGCUCACGAAAAUAAUAAAAUCUUUGAUGAAAUUCAAGUACUCUUAGGUUUAUUAUAUUUAGCUGUUGUUGCUAAUUAG